UUUAUGUUAGCUCAAGAAACAGGUGUUAACAAUAAAAGAAACAUACUUAUAAGGGAAAAAAAAUCAGAUUUAUAUAAAGCAUAUCAUGUUUCUAUUGACUGCUAUCGUAUGUUCAAGUCUUUUAGCCUUAUCUGCAGGAUGGGUCAAGCAGAUGGAAACCCCUGGUUUUUAUCAGGGAGAUAUACAGUUGUCACCUGAACAAUGGGAAAGUGUACAAAAUAGAAGCAGUCCAUUCGGUUCAAUCAGAAACAGACGUUGGCCAAAUGGAAAAAUACCAUAUGCUUUUGAAAAUUCUUUAGGGCAACAAGGAAGAGAUGCAGUAAAUGCAGCAAUUGCAGAUUAUCACAAAUUUACGUGUUUAAGAUUUACUCCACGGAGGGGAGAGUCAAACUAUAUAUCUUUUUUCAGUGGUACUGGAUGUAACUCGCCGGUUGGAAUGUAUGGUGUAAAUAGAAUUUCAUUAGGUGCUGGUUGUCUUGAUAAAGGAACUGCUCUUCAUGAAAUUGGACACAGCAUUGGUCUUCAACACGAACAAUGCCGUCCUGACCGUGAUCAACAUGUAAUAAUUCAUACCAAAAAUAUUGAUGGGCCAUGGGCGUAUGCUUUCGCAAUUUCAAACGAAGUGGAUUCUCUUGGUACACCAUAUGAUUUAAGUUCCAUGAUGCAUUAUAGUUCAACAGCAUUUGCAAAGCCUAACACUAAAACAAUAACAACAAAAGAUCCUUCAAAGCAAAAGCUUAUUGACAACUAUAACAGAAUUUUCGGCUUUAGCUCAACAGAUAUUGUUCAAAUUAAUAAAAUGUACUCUUGUGGAAAAAAACUUAUAUAACAACCUAAUGUGAAAAAAAUUAAUAUAAACAUUUUACUUAUUUAGAGUA